AUGUUUGCUGUUCCAGGUUGGUCCGUUGAGAGCUCCGCUCUGAAGUCGCAGACUCAACCGGCCUCGCAGCCUAAGAACGAGUCCCAACCCGAGAAGGAUGCCUCGACCCCCAAUGGAAAGAAUAACAAGCGCAAGCGUGCCAAUGACCGUGUCACCGCGGGAAAUGUGGAUGAAAUGUACCGCAGACAUAUCGAAGGCGGAACCCCAAAGGGUGGAAAGCAUGGCGCAGAAGCUUCUGUGAAGUCAGGGAAGAAGCAAAAGAAGGACAAGAAGGCCAAGGAGACAGUCGAGAAAGACUCCAAUCAGGAGCCUUCAAAUGAAGAUAUCAACACCGCCGAUGUCGACGCCGACGCCGACGCCGAUCAAGCCGAGGAGAAAGCACCCAAGAAGAAGCAGAGGAAGAACAAGAAGAACAAGGACAACGCCUCAGAGGACAAGACCGACGCAGAUGCUACUACUGCUGUCCCGGCUAAAGAAGCGCCUGCCCCUGCUGCGCCUGCACUGCCACCAACAACAAACCUGACUCCUCUUCAGCAAGCCAUGCGACAGAAGCUGAUCUCCUCUCGUUUCCGCCACCUGAACGAAACCCUCUACACCACCCCGUCCGCGAAAGCCCUCGAGAUGUUUAGUGCCAACCCUGAGCUGUUCGACGAAUACCACGCUGGAUUUGCGCGACAGGUUAAGGAGUCAUGGCCUUCCAACCCAGUCGACGGCUACAUCAAGACUAUCCGAACCCGAGGUGCAAUCCCGCUCCCCAGGAGAGGAAAGCCUCUCAAUCCAGCUAAGGGCUACCCACUCCCCCGCCGUCCUAACGGACUAUGCACAUUCGCCGAUCUUGGCUGUGGUGAUGCGCAGCUCGCACGCGCAUUGACUCCCUCCGCCAAGAAGCUCAACAUCAAACUCAACAGCUACGAUUUGGCAGCGCCCGAUGCGCUGAUAACCAAGGCCGACAUUUCCAACCUCCCCUUGGAAGACGGCGCGGCAGAUGUGGCUAUUUUCUGUCUCAGUCUGAUGGGAACCAAUUGGGUCUCGUUCGUUGAGGAGGCAUGGCGCAUCCUGCGCGGUGAUGGUAAGGGUGAGUGCUGGGUCAGCGAGGUCAAGAGUCGAUUUGGCAAGGUUGUCCGCAAGAAGUCUCAAAUUGGUGCGCAGAAGCCUGGCAGCAAGGCAGACAAGAAGAAGCCUAAGAAGAAGGCCGGCAAGGAUGAUGACUCUGAUGCCGAUGAGGCUGAUAUCUUUGCCGAGGAUGUGCGGCCAUCUGAUAACACCGAUGAGACUGAUAUCUCGGCGUUUGUGGAGGUCUUCCGGUCUCGUGGGUUCAUGCUUCGCCAAGAGUCGGUGGACAAGUCUAAUAAGAUGUUCGUGAGAAUGGUCUUCGUCAAGCAGGGUGGUGCGCCCACCAAGGGGAAACACGCUUCGGCUCUCAGUGCGCCUGCCCCUGGCACCAAGAAACGUUUUGUUGACCGCAAGCCUGAUUCAGAAUCUGGCAUGUCGGCUGAGCAGGAGGCUCAAGUGUUGAAGCCUUGUGUUUAUAAGAUCCGGUAG